GGGUGAACCGUUAGCUUUUGUGCUCUUCUAUAUGUAUCUACUACAUGUCUACAUGCAUAAUCCAGUACAUACUCCCUUCAAGCAGAAUGGCAAAGAAUCCGAAUCUUCCCUUUUUUAUCAACUCGCUUCCCUUCUUCUUCGUCUUCUUCCUGUUCACUUUUCCGGUCACCGGAGAAGAACAAAUCUUCGGAAAACCGGUGGGCCGGAAAUCUCUGGGAUUCAAGAAGGAAAAGGCAAGUCAUCUCCACUUCUUUUGGCACGACAUUCUCAGCGGGCCCAAGCCAACCUCGAUCAUGGUCAUCCCGCCGGCGAAAAUCUCGUCGGCGAAUUUCAGCUUCGGCCUGACAAACAUCAUCGACAACCCGCUGACCGUCGCGCCGGAUCCGAAGUCCAAGUGCGUCGGAAGAGCGCAGGGGAUCUAUGCUUCGGCGUGCCAGGAGGAGCUUGGGUUCUUGAUGGUGAUGAACCUGGCUUUCAUUGAGGGCAAGUACAACGGCAGCACCCUCACCGUGCUCGGCCGGAACCCGGCGUUACAGAAGGUCCGGGAGAUGUCCAUCGUCGGCGGCAGUGGGCUUUUCCGGUUUGCUCGCGGCUACGUUCUGGCGAAGACUCAAAUGGUUGAUUUGAAGACCGGCGACGCCACCGUCGAAUAUGAUGCUUAUGUCUUGCACUAUUGAGCCUGCUAUUGGUUGUAGUGCGUCGAAUAAUUAUGUCAACUUUUUUUCUAUUGUAUCAAGCCGCUUUCCUAUUAAAGUACGAAAUAAUUUAAUUCCGGGAAAGUUUCACAAAUAGGAAUAAAACAGUUUGAAAAUUUCAAAUUAGGACUGUCAUGUUUUUUAUUCCCAAAAUAGGAGUAAUUACUGCUAAGUUUGGAAAAUACUGCCAUAUUUGAAGUUUGGUACUGCCAAAACAUGACAGUAAUUAGUCCUAUUUUAGAAAUAAAAACUGCCAGUCCUAUUUUGGAAUUACCAAACUUUUUUAGUCUUAUUUUGGGUAAAUUCUCUUUAAUUCUCUCUGUUUUUUGGCAAUUCUUAGUGACACAAUUUUAAUUUUUCUUUGUUUCUUAUUUAAUUCAGUAUUAAUUACGAAGUAAUAAAAUAUAUAAGUGGGUCAGUACAAAGUAGUACUCUCUCUCUG